UUCCAUCUCAUUGUCAUUUUCCCAAAAAAACAAAUCAUCGAAUUGCCCAAAAAUCAUAUUCUAACACUCAACCAAUCCCAUCUCACCUCGAAAACACCAAAAAUCCUCAUCACAUUCAGCUCCGAUCAGCCAACCAGUCAACUCCACAAACAAUGGAAGAAGAAACCAAAUCAAAUCCCCAAUCCCAAUCCCCAAUCAUCACCACCGAUCAAAUCCAAUCCAGACCCACCAAAAUCCGCCGCGAAACCCCCAAUUUCCCCGAAGAAAUCAUCGCCGAAAUCCUCUCCCGCCUCCCCGUCAAAUCCCUCCUCCGCUUCCUCUCCGUCUCCCGAUCAUGGCGCCGCCUCAUCUCCAGCCGCCACUUCAUCGACGCCCACCUCCUGAUCUCCUCCAAAGAUCCGAUCUUUUCCCGCCGGAGAGCCAUCGCCACCGUCCUCCUCCCGUUCUACACCCUGAAGCACUGCUCCCUACAUUCCCUCCUCGCCGGCGCGGCGGCGGACGCCGCCGAUUUAGACUAUCCGAUGAAGAAUCCUCGCAAUUCGGCACGCGUCGUCGGCAGCUGCAAUGGGCUCGUCUGCAUCGCCGUCAACGGCAAGCAUUUCUUCAUAUGGAAUCCCUCCACAAGAAAGCAUCGGAAAUUGCCCGAUGUGGAUGGUGAUUUGAAGAGGGGUUUGUUCAUUACUAAAUACGGAUUUGGAUAUGUUGAAGCUAAUGAUGAUUAUAAGGUUGUUGGAUUCUUGUCUGGAUUUUGCAAUGGUGGGAGGUAUGAGAGUGUGGUGAAGAUCUAUAGCUUGAGGGAUGAUUCUUGGAAAGUGAUUGAUGUGUUUAAGGAUGGUUUGCCCUUUGAUGAUAGUGGCAAGUUUGUGAGUGGGAGCCUUCAUUGGGGGAGGAGGUUUGGGGUGGAUUCUAAGUGGGAGAUUGUGUCUUUCGAUCUGGGAAACGAAACUCGUGGGGUUGUGAAUGAACCGAGCUACUUGGAUCGCGGGUUUGUCCCGUCUCUAGGGGUGAUUGGGGGGAGCCUUUGUGUGAUGUGUGAUUACCCUAAGAUUAGUGUGGAUGUGUGGGUGUUGAAGGUGUAUGGGGUGAGUGAUUCUUGGAUGAAGUUGGUGGUGAUUCCGUAUCUUGAUGAUCCGUGGAAAGGUCCCUAUUCGACACCUUUGUGUGUCGGAGGGAAGGGCGAGGUCUUGUUGGUUUAUGGGUCGGGCUUUGUUGUGUAUGACGAGAAAGAGGGUUCGUUUAGGCGUCCCAAGAUUAGGAAUAUCGAUACUUUUCUUGAGGCUGAUGUUUAUGUUGAAAGUUUAGUAUCUCUAGAUCUUUAGCUAAAGAUGUAAAAUUGUUGAAAUAAUGUAAAUUCGGGGAGGUGGGGGGGUGGGGUUUACUCUAUUGGAUGAGGCGUGGUAGAAAAAAUGGUAGGGAGAUGUGCAUGGGCCACCUACGGGGAUCGCAGAAAGGUACAUACUGGACGACAAAGGCCAAUCCGAUUGCGCCACAUGGCAUCAAUUGCUGCUAAUUUUGAAAUUUUUUAAUGCAUUUCUUGAUAUUACGAUGUAAUAUAAAAUCUCAAGUAUAUAAUUUUAACGCAUUUAUUGA